UGGAAAGCGAAAAAGUAACAAGUGCUUGAAAGAUUCGUCAGUCCUGUUAGGUCCUGGGUAGAUCAGUGGUUAGAGCAGUCGCCCGGAUUGCGGAAGGUCAUCGGUUUGAGUUCCAUCUCAGAGUGCCAGCAACAAAAUGUUUUUUUUUUAGCAUUUUUCAUUAAGAAUAUAUUGUAUUUGUUUCAGCUGUGUACUUGUGCAAGCGUACGAUGCAGAAUAAAGCUAGAUUGGAACUGGCUGAUUAUGAAGCGGAAUCGUUGGCGAGACUACAGAAGAUGUUCAGUAGGAAAUGGGAGUUCAUAUUCAUGCAAGCGGAGGCACAGAGCAAGGUGGACAAGAAACGGGAUAAGUUGGAGAGGAAGGUUCUGGACAGCCAGGAGCGAGCGUUUUGGGAUGUACACAGACCUAUGCCCGGCUGUGUGAAUACAACAGAAUUGGACCCGAGAAAGUUGUCCAGGAUCAAUGCUUUGAAAGCGAAGAGAUUGAGGCAAGCUCAGGACCUUAUACUGCAACAUAAUCUCAAGGUUAGUUAAAUGUUAGGGAAUUUGUAAUGUGCCUUUAAAAGAAAAACUAAAAAAUGAAUCGACUUCAAAGAUUAAAAAGUUAGAAAUUAUAUUUAAAACCGACUUUAUUGUUCAAGGAGCAAUUGAAGUCGACCGGUUAUCAUUUUUAACCUACGUCGGAAUCCAAGAGGUUAUAUGUUCGACGCCUAUGUAUUUUUUUUUAUGUAUGUUCACCGAUAUUUCCGCCAAGUCCCUCACUCAUGAGGUACCUAGUUUAAAGUCCUCGUUUCGACAAAAUGAGGGGUUUUACCAGAUAGGGCGGCUUCCACAUAAACCUACCCUUUUAA